UAAUCAGAAGAAAUCUUCUCUUUACAGGGUCAAAUUUAAAUUCACAAAAGUGCCUCACUGUUUUUCAGAAGCAGAAUCCUACAGCAGCUUUUAGAAUUUUCCUUUGCCCAAAUUCAAAGCAGCAAAUAACUAAGAAGUUUUUGCUUCAGAAGAAGCAGUCAUUCUCAAAAAACAAAAUCUACCUUAGGUUAGACAAAGGAAUUCAUUGUAUCAUAUUCUGUUUGUUCUCAAUGGUUCUACAGAGUCUCAGUGGUACCAUUGCUUAUUUCAGUGAAUCUAGAUUUGAAUUCAUCAAAAGAAUACCGUAAAUAUUUCUGGUAAAGUUAUCUCAGCAUAUAAAACAGUUUUUUAAAAUGUACAUGAAUAUAAGGAUAUGGAGAGCUAGUAUCUAUAAUUUCUAGAAUUAUUGGCUCCUACUUCUGUCAUGUCUUACAACAGAAAAAAAUAAAAGUGAAGUCCAAACACACAGAGAUAGAAAAUCACAGAGCAAAUGCCUUUGAGCUGUGGUAGAAAGUCACAAGAAGGACACAAGUACACAUAAAAAUUAUUCCAAGAAGAAAUUACAAACUCUCUACCGACUCCACACAGGUCACUGCAGGGCAACUCUACAUGUCUUUACUUCAUCAAGUGUUUUCUAUGAGUGAGAAGCAGCUUUGUGGUCACCAGGGGAAACGGGCUUACCCAUUGACCUGUGACUCAGAGCUCAGCCCCAUCUCACAGGUUCGGAGUUUCCCAGGUAUGACCCCCCCGUCCCUGUGAUGCCGGAGUGCCCCGGCUGGCCAGGCAGGAUAUAAACACAGCCUGCCCCAGAACACAGGCACUUGUCACCCUGGGAUCUGCCACAGCUCACUCCACCACACAACCAGGCCCAGGCCACACCAGGAAGACACUCUCUUGCAUCAUGAUUGGCAAGACUGCGGCUGCUGUGCUGAUCCUGCUCCUGAUCUCAGCACUUGGAGCACAAGGUGAGGCGGUGCCACGCUCAGCCAUCGAACUCCGGUGCCAGUGCAUAAGCACUCAUUCCAAGUUCAUCCAUCCCAAGUUCAUCCAAAACGUGAACCUCACCCCCAGUGGACCUCACUGCAAGAAUGUUGAAGUCAUAGCUACCCUGAGAAAUGGCAGAGAAGUGUGCCUGGAGCCCAGUGCUCCCUGGGUGAAGCUGAUCAUCAAGGCAAUUCUGGACAAGGCCAACACCAAACCUGAGACAGAGUCCUAA